AUGCCAGGUGCACAGUGUUGUGUAGGUGGGUGCACGAAUAAACGUGGUAAUAACAUUAGUUUGCACCAAUUUCCAAAAGACUCUUCAAUUCGAAAACAAUGGAUAAAGGCUCUGCAAGCUACGGGAACUGGCUUCUCGCGGGCUGGAUGGAGUGGACCGAAAUCAAAAUCGGAAAACGCACAGCUUGUUUGUAGCGAACUUGAGUGUUUCACACUUACCACGCGGUUGCAUUGGAAGGAAGGUUUGAGUUACAAGGCUAAAUUCGAGGUCACUGCCAUUCCAACUUUAUUUGGACAAAACAUAGACAAUUACAAACAGAAAGAGCCUGUGUUGAGAAGUGCAUUCAGAAAGAGGGAAUGUGCCAGAAUACUCAAGGAGUACGAUAACAAGAUUACCAAGUCUGGUACUGAUGACACUAUAGUUGAAAAGGUAGCUGAACCAAACCCUUCUAUCCCACAGCAUGAAAGAACACUUAGUCCAGCCAAUAUGUCUGGAGAUCCAAUCCCAAAUUUAUCUCCAACUACCACUCAGCAUCCAGUUCCAACAGAAACCUUGUGUGAUAGUUUGGAUCCUGAGAUGACCCCAGCUACACCCCAGCCCUCAGUGAUGAACAAGACUCCCCUAGACAAGUCCGUCUUGGACUGUACAGUUGUUACUGACUCCUGUUCUGUUGAGGCCUGUCCUACCAGGAAGUCUGCAAGCAAGGUUGUGAAGAGUAGCACUUGA